AUGCGUUCUCUCUUCGUUGCCACGCAGCUCCUCGCCGCCGCCAUGGCGGCCGAGCCCUGGAACAACGAGGUCGACACCGGCUUCGAGAUCUACCUCGCCAGCACCAACUUCACCGAGGGCACGCAGCCCCUCCUCAAGGACAUCCGCGCCCUGCCCGACUUCGACUUCGCCGCCCGCCAGAAGCUCGACAACCAGAAGUACUCCUUCUACCGCACCGGCACCGCCGGCGAGUUCAGCUACCGCCACAACCUCGACGUCUGGCAAAAGGUCCAGCUGCGCUCCAAGCACCUGAGCGACGUCACCAAGCUGAACGAGACCAUGGCCACCACCAUCCUGGGCUACAACUUCAGCGCCCCCGUCUUCAUCGCCCCCGCCGCCCGCGGCAUCUACGGCGACGAGGCCGCCGAGCUGAACCUCGUCCGCGCCGCCGGCAACGAGAAUAUCCUGUACAUCCCGUCCAUGUACGCCUCCAAGUCCAUCGAGGAGAUCGCCGCCGGCAAGUCCAACGGCACCCUCAACGGGCCCCAGGUCAUCUUCCAGCAGAUCUACACCAACGCCAACCUCUCCGUCACCUGGGAGAACAUCCGCCGCGCCGAGCGCACCGGCGCCAAGGCCAUCGUCUGGACCAUCGACGCCCCCGGCGACUCGGUCCGCCACCGCGCCGCCCGCUACGACACCACCAACGCCAACUCCGUCUCCUCGGCCCUCACCUGGGACAUCUACGACCAGAUGAGGAACCACACGACCCUGCCCAUCAUCCUCAAGGGCAUCACCACCGCCGAGGAGGCCCUCCUCGCCGUCGAGAAGGGCGCCAAGGCCAUCUACAUCUCCAACCACGGCGGCCGCCAGCUCGACCACACCCCGGGCCCCCUCGAGAUCGCCUACGAGAUCUACCGCAACGCCCCCGAGGUCUUCCAAAAGGUCGACGUCAUCGCCGACAGCGGCGUCCGCUACGGCAACGACGUGCUCAAGCUGCUCGCCCUCGGCGUCAAGGCCGUCGGCAUGGGCCGCCCCUUCAUGUACGCCAACUGCUACGGCCUCGAGGGCGUCACCAAGGCCAUCAACAUCAUCAAGACCGAGAUCGUCCGCGAUGGCGCGCAGAUGGGCGUCACCGACGUCCACAACAUCAGCAUGAGCUUCCUCAACACCCGCCAGCUCGAGCAAAACGUCUACCUUUUUGACAAGGAGUAA